AAUCUUUGGUUAAUAGGGAAAUCGCAGCUGAAUAAACAUUCCGGAUUGAGAUUUUCCGAUUUUAUAAAAAUACGAUUUUCCGAAGAUUGCAAACAGUUAUGUGCUAGAUAAGUGCCAUCUUCCAAACCCUUUCUUCCGAGCUGCGGGCGGCAGCACGGUUACGGUUCCCCGAUUCCGCGGCGCCCUCGCAAAAACCCUUUUCGCGAUCCCCGGAGAGACGGGGAAGCCCGGUCGGGAUGUAUUUUCCGCGACACGACGACGACGACGACGAAACCGUUUUUUAGGUCGGUCUGCUUUGUUGUCAGCAAAUAGCCCAGAAACAGGUAUCCUCUUAUCAGCGCAACGGAAGUGUGGGGUGCUUUGUUCUUGCCCUUUUGAGUUCAACGAUACCGCAGAACAUUCGGUAAAAUGACGAUGAAGACGGAACACGUUUCGGUAACGCUACCGGUGAGCAACGAACCGUUAAUUGUUAGUAGCGUGGCGAGUAGGAAAAGCCUUAAACGACACUGGAAUCAGCUGUCUCGGUUUCAAAAGAAUCUGGCCUGCAUUUUAGUUGCCGGAUGUUUCAUUUUCUACAUCAUAUUCUUCAUGCGGCCUCUAGACGAUCCUUCCCAAAGCUCGGACGCGGCUGCGAUUGAGCUAAUACAGAUAGCACCGUUUAAAGAGAGGCACGAACGAGUCAUAGCUCAAUCGGUUGUGAAGGAAGUUAAAUUAACGGACAACGAGGGAAAUGCUCCAGCGGAGGAAUCACAGUUGGCGAACGCGGUUGCACAGCAACCCGACACCAGCCAGGCGCCGCUCGUGCUCGUUCACGAAGAACCAAAGGAAAUCGUUGAUAACGAGGAAAACGUCCUGGAAGAGAACCAUCGGGUGGCACUACCCGGGGCGAAGGACUUUAAGGGCCCAACGAAUGAUCGGCAGAGGGCAGUGAUCGAAGCCUUCAAACACUCGUGGAAGGGCUACAAAGAGUACGCUUGGGGUCAUGACAAUCUGAAACCGAUCUCCAUGGGCUUCUCGGAUUGGUUCGGCUUGGGCCUAACCAUCGUCGAUUCGCUUGAUACACUCUACAUCAUGGAUUUGCAAGACGAGUUCGACGAGGCACGGGCCUGGGUGGAAAAGUAUCUUAAAUUCGACGGCAACCGUGAGGUUAAUCUGUUCGAGGUAACGAUCCGCGUCGUUGGUGGCUUGCUGAGUGCCUAUCAUCUCAGCGGCGAUCGGAUGUUUCUCGAUAAAGCAAUCGAUCUAGGCAAUCGGUUGUUGCCAUGCUUCGAUUCCCCUUCCGGCAUUCCUUUCUCGGACGUUAACAUUGGUUCAUUGACGGCUCACGCACCUAAGUGGUCACCGGACAGCUCGACCAGCGAGGUCGCAACGAUACAGUUAGAGUUUCGUGAUCUUUCGCGUACCUCCGACAAUCCGGUCUUCGAGAAGGUGGCUGCUAGAGUGAAUCUCAAGAUACACGAACUGGACAAGAACGAAGGUCUGGUGCCGAUUUUCAUCAACGCUAACACGGGACAGUUCCGCAACUUUGCAACGGUGUCGCUUGGCGCUCGGGCCGAUUCGUAUUACGAGUAUUUAUUAAAACAGUGGCUUCAAACGGGAAAAAAGAAGGAUGAUUAUCUCAUCGAAGACUAUCAACUGUCGAUGCGCGGCGUUAUGAAUCAGCUCGUCCGAACUACACCAAAUGAGAAGCACCUGUACAUCGGUGAGCUGAUCAAUGGCAAGGACUUUAAGCCCAAAAUGGAUCAUCUUACCUGCUACCUACCUGGUACACUACUGUUGGGCUAUAAGAACGGCAUGCCCAAGACGCAUCUCCGGUUAGCGACGGAUCUGCUGGAAACUUGCUAUCAAACGUACAUGAAACAACCGACCCAACUGGCCCCGGAGAUAACGUACUUCAAUGUUAACGGAGAAUCAGAGACGGAUAUCUAUGUGAAAACGAACGAUGCACACAACCUGCUGCGGCCAGAAUUUAUCGAAAGUCUGUACUACUUCUACGCCAUCACCGGCAAUCGCACCUACCAGGACAUGGGGUGGACGAUCUUUGAAGCGUUCAAUCGCUAUACCAAGGUAAAGAACGGCUACACGUCGAUCGGGAACGUAAAGAGCCCGCUUAACACCCGACCCCGCGAUAUGAUGGAGAGCUUCUGGCUGGGUGAAACGCUCAAGUACUUCUAUCUGCUGUUCAGCGAUGAUCGAAACGAGAUUGAUCUCGACAAGUACGUGUUCAACACGGAAGCACAUCCACUACCAAUUCGAGUUGAUUCAACAGUUUAAGACCGAAGAAGCACAGACCGAGCCUUCAGCGCACAAUCAAUCACGCGUGAAUUGGCUAGGCUACGAUAGGAUUUGAGACUUUAUUUAAACGCACACCGUACAAAAUGGUGGCAUGCGACAUUCUUAAAGACACGAACGCGGAUAUUAUAUAGUUAGGAAAAUGAUUUUUUAAUUCCCUUCGCUCCGAUCUGUCGGAAGUAAAAUUUUAGACGUCGAGGUAAGUGCAACGGCAUCGCUGCCAUUCUGUAUUGGGUACUGUAGGUGGUGGAUAAGUUUUUCUUCUUUUUACUAUUGCUACUCCUUUCCUCUAUUGAUACCCUCAUGCCACUUGCAGCUGCACCUUGUGCAUUAGAGAUGGCACUAAACAUGCGCAGAUGCAUAUUGACUUGUCUCCCUCAUCCGACUGUUACCAAUAGCAAAGGUGGUCCUGUAGAGAUAAUAUUGUUUUAAUGCACUAAUUGAACACAUUCCUUAACGACAAGGCUUUCGUUUUGUUAGUUGUUCCUCUUCCCAUGAUGUGUUCACGACAAUUUCUUCCUUUACUUCCUAAACUCCAAAACUGUAAAGUUCUCAACAAAGCAAAGGCUAACAGUGGUGCAAACCGUUCAACACACACGCGUAUGCGGUAAAGGGCCGUAUAGAUUGGAGGACGAAAUACGAAACUCCUAGCAUUAGAUAUUUGAAAUCAAUUCUCUAAAUUUUCCUUCGACCUGAUAUUGUAUCAGUUUCUAGUCCUACGAUAGUAGCUGAAAAAGGGAGGUUUGCAUAAGCGACAGACAGGAAUGAGUAUUGAGAAAUGUAUUGCGUGUGUUCAACGACCGCACCCAACGGCCACGUUUGCAUGCGUCAGGUGAGUGCGGAUAAUUUUACGUGAUAGAAAAAUUAAGGUUAGUUUGGAACAUAAAUGGCGAGUGCUGUGUCUUUCCACUUCCAUCACCAAAGCUUGGGGUGAUAUGCAAUCAUCGUGGUUCAGUUUCUAAGACAAAACGGCGCAAGUUUACAACUGAUUGAUAAGUAAAUAAUUUAUGAUAACUAGUUAAGUGGUAAGUAAGAAUUUUAGGAAAAAUAAAUCAAUGAAUAAAUAAACCAAUU